AUGUUGUUCGCUUGGCUCCUAGCCCAGCUGCCGCUCCAAGUGGCUUUGCCAAUCACAUUAGGCUUCGAGGCCUCCCUUCGUCUCCUCGCUCCGACGCCCGAGCCUGACCUGCGCGCCCUGGCGGCCGCAGCGUUCGAGGACUACCUCCGCACUCUUCCGUGGACCGAGACGGCGGUCAUCUACGAUGGCUUCGAUUAUGGCUACCUCCCGGCCCCGAUCCUCCCCGGUCUCCUCGUCGCGUCUCCCGCCGCUCCCGUGCACUGGACUACUACCGCGGUCGUCUUCGACGAAUACGUCUACAGCACUAGCCCGGUUCCUAUCAUCCCUGGCCUCCUCGUCGCAUCGUCCUCUGCUCCCGUACAUCGCUCGGCUUCUGCGCUCAUCUCUGAUGGACCUGUCUACGGAUCUACUCAGGUGCCGCUUAUCCCCGGCAUUGUCGCCUCGCCUGCUACCUCUACGCCCGGCCCGGCCGUCGUUCCAACCCCAAUUAUCAGCACGGCGGUCACUUACUCGACGUUGAUCGCACGCUACACAAUUGCGUUCACCAGUGUCAAGAACAUCACAUUGCUCUGGCUUUCCGUCGCUAUUCUGGGUGCACUCUGUACGAUCACCUAUGGAUUGCGCCGUCAUGCCUCCCAGCUCAUGAGCAAGGCACUCGACUUUGGCCGUACCUUGAGCAUCUCUUCGCUUCUCAUUGCAUCGGGUUCAGUCGUUGGUGUAGCUUUGAGUGUCUACUAUACGGCGUCCAUAUGGCUUCCUUGCAUCAUCACAAGCGCACUUGCCGCAGUAUACGUCGUCGCCGGAAACACCUUCACCUCCGCUACCGCCGCCUCCGCCGGAGUGCAACUUGCCCUCAAGCGGCAACUCUCCUCCACGAUCCAGGCCAAGGUGCACCAGUCGAAGCUCGCUCAGUCCUCUGACCGUCGCUAUCGCUGGGAGCGACGUGCACACACGAUCACGAAGAACAACUUAGACUCUUCGCGGAAAAGGAGUGCAUUGACGACGCGCUCGCUCGCAUCUAUGACGCAAUCUUUCCGGGCUUCUUCCGCGCAAUGCCAACACCUCGAGGAGAAGGUGGCGUUCCUUCGUGGGCACGUCAACGAGAUCAAGGAGGAGCGCAACAACCUGGCACAGGCGCAGGACGCCUCGGCCAAAGAACAGGAGCAGCGCGACGCUCAGCACGCGCAGGAGAUCCAAAGCUAUAAGAUCCUCGUCGCGACGCUCACAACCUCCAACGCGGCGCUCACAACCUCCAAUGCGACGCUCACAUCCUCCAACGCGACUCUGGCGACCACCAAUGCAUCGCUCGAGAAGCAGUUUGCAACACUCUCACAGUCACAAGACACUCUGUUGUCUUCUCACGUCGCCGUCGAUGCCUCCGUUCGGAAGCUCACCGCCGCCACCAAGUCCACCGCAUCGCGGACAGCGAAGAACGCGGAACUCUUGAAGGUCGUCGGCAAUACAUAUAAUCACGCACUCGCCGUUAAACCCUCUGUUAUCAUCAUGUUGUUCGCUUGGCUCCUUGCCCAGCUGCCACUCCAAGUGGCUUUGCCAAUCACAUUCGGCUUCGAGGCCUCCCUUCGUCUCCUCGCUCCGACGCCCGAGCCUGACCUGCGCGCCCUGGUGGCCGCAGCGUUUGAGGACUACCUCCGCACUCUUCCGUGGACCGAGACUGCGGUCAUCUACGAUAGCUUCGACUAUGGCUACCUCCCGGUCCCGAUCCUCCCCGGUCUUCUCGUCGCGUCCCCCACCGCUUUCGUGCACUGGACUACCACCGCGGUCAUCUUCGACGAAUACGUCUACGGCACUAGCCCGGUCCCUAUCAUCCCUGGCCUCCUCGUCGCAUCGCCCUCUGCACCCGUACAUCGGUCGGCUUCUUCGCUCAUCUCUGAUGGAUCUGUCUACGGAUUUACUCAAUUGCCGCUCAUCCCCGGCAUUGUCGCCUCGCCUACUACCUCUACGCCCGGCCCGGCCAUCGUUCCAACCCCAAUUAUCAGCACGGUGGUCACUUACUCGACGCUUAUCGCACGCUACGCAGUCGAGACCAUCAGCGCGGGUACCAAUGUCAAGAACAUCAUAUUGCUCUGUCUCUCCGUCGCUAUCCUGGGUGCACUUUGCACGAUCACCUAUGGAUCGCGCCGUCAUGCCUCCCAGCUCAUCAGCAAGGCUCUCGACUUCGGCCGUACCUUGAGCAUCUCUUCGCAUCUCAUUGCAUCAGGUUCAGUCGUUGGUGUAGCUUUGAGUGUCUACUACACGGCGUCCACAUGGCUUCCUUGCAUCAUCACAAGCGCACUUGCCGCAGUAUACGUCGUCGCCGAGAACACCUUCACCGCCGCCACCGCCGCCUCCGCCGCAGUGCAACUUGACCUCGAGCGGCAACUCUCCUUCACAAUCCAGGCCAAGAUGCACCAGUCGAAGCUCGCUCAGUCCUCUGGCCGUCGCUAUCGCCGAGAGCGACGCGCACACACGGUCACGAAGAACAAGUUGAGCUCUUCGCGGAAGGGGAGUGCAUUGACGAGGCGCUCGCUCGCAUCUGUGACGCAAUCUUUCCGGGCUUCUUCCGCGCAAUGCCAAGACCUCAAGGAGCAGGUGGCGUUCCUUCGUGGGCACGUCAACGAGAUCAAGGAGGAGCGCAACAAUCUGGUACAGGCUCAGGACGCCUCGGCCAAAGAGCAGGAACAGCGCGACGCUCAGCACGCGCAGGAGAUCCAAAGCUAUAAGAUCCUCGUCGCGACGCUCACAACCUCCAACGCGGCGCUCACAUCCUCCAACGCGACUCUGGCGACCGCCAAUGCGACCCUUGCGACCACCAAUGCAUCGCUCGAGAAGCACGCCGACUACAACGCCGCAGCCGCAGCCGUGGAGGUCACACACACCGCCGAGGUCAACACGCUCAAGACCGAGUGCGAUGCGCUCAAGACCGAGUGCGCUGCGCUCAAGAAGGAUGCCGUCGUCCUCAAGAGGAACGACAUGGAAGCCUGGGCGGCGAUUGCGGGGAUGCGCGUCGACAUGGGUGUUCUCGAGGGCACGGUCGAGGCGAGGGACGCGGAGAUCCAGCGCCUAGUACAGGCCGCACAGCCUCACAUCGAAAUUCCCGCCAUCUUCCCAGAGUCGGCUUCAACGGCGUCCUUGUUCAUGGCUUCUCCGGCUCCGUCUUCCGACAACCUGCUCGGGGUCCAGCUUCCCGCGGACGUCUCUUCGACGUCCAUUGACGGCUUCGAGCCGCUCUUCACGCCUUUGCAGGAGUGGGACACCUUCUUGGACGACACCUUCGGCUCGGGGACCAUGAUAGACAUCCCCAAGAAGAUCCGCCUCGUCACCUAG